CAAUUCGAGAAAUAAACAUCGUUUUGUGGGAACUAGAUCAGCAGGUGUAACUGCCAAGAUAUCGGGUAACACCUUCCUAGGGCUAUAAAAGCUUCUUUCAAUGAAAGUAGUUCCCACAAUUAGCCCAUUACUCCGAUUGAGAUGAAGUGCCUCCUGGUGGCGAUAGCCUGCUUAAUCACUUGCACCAGUGUAGGUGCCCUUGUGCACUAUAUAAAACUGGAAAAAGGACAGAACGGAUGCAAAUCCCCCAAGGGUGCAGAGAUGGCAGUGGGUGCUGUGGAGCAGGAUGAUAAGAGUUGUGGAGCUAUAACGUGUCAGAAUACGGAAGGAGAUGCCUUUGUCCACUUCUGUCAGAUACCAGCCACUUUUGCGGAGUGUGUGGAUACUGCUGUUCUGACGGACGUGGACUUUCCACAAUGCUGUUGGACAUGUGCCGCUUGGGCGAACUGUGAUGGCGGUGGUGCAGCAGGAGCAGAAGGUGCUCCUCCUGCUGACGGAGCUCCUCCAGCGGACGCACCACCCGCUGCAAGAAGCCAUCUAAAGAAUGGAAAACCCGCGACAACUGCAUCUGAUACAAUGGAAACUACUACAGACAAUGAAAAACCACGCACCAGGGGAAAAUGGGGCUCUAAGAGGAGCACUACCAUUCCCGAUGAAUCCGAGUUUCCCGGGGGAGAUGUCAAUAUAAGGUUUGGCGGUGGCACACCGAUCUCCAAGUUUGGCGAAGACGGCAUGUAAACACAAAUGCCGCGAUAUGUUUGAGGAACCUCCCUAGUUAUUAAUUUAAAGCUCGAUUCCGAUCAUAAAUAAAUGACACGGCAAUGUGCACUUCAUUUGUCUCCUCGCAAAAGUGACCCACAUAUAAGCACGUCAGAUCGGGAGUGAUACUCAUAUCUUUGCCGGCAUAUUUCUGGUUUUCGUGUGAUUGUUGUUCCUCCUGUUGGAUUUUUUUUUCGGUUUUUUAAUUAGCCGCCGCUGGCGAACAAAUCGGGCCGAAAAAACAGGAAAAGGGUUUCGAUCGGGUCCUUCAACCCGGAGUGAAAAAAUGCAAAAACCAUAAAGCGAAGACGACAGCGCAUACGAGAAAAAUUGAAAACCAGAUCUCCGCGCCAAUUUCGGGUUUGAGAAUGGGCAUGGGAUUGGACUUGGACUUGGACGUGGACGUGGAAACGAGAGCUUGAGCAGGUAGGGCCUGUUCCCUUCCGCAGAGCACUCCACCCUGGAGUGAAACAGAUUCGGCAUGAUGUACAUUAAACGGGAAAGACAAGAAUAAACCCCGAACAAAAAAUGAAAUGAAAUGAGGCACCGAAAUCCCAAAAGCUUUUUCGCCCAGAUAAUUUGUGAGUGCGGCUGCAGUUGACACCGAAAGACCCCUACGGCCAGCAGUACUCACAUAAU